AUGAGGAAGCAACUUGACCCUCGGCUGCCUAUCUUGAUCAACAAUGGCAUCAAGAAGAACCAUCGGUCCUUUAUUGCGCUGGUGGGCGAUCGAGGGAGGGAACAGGUGUGCUCAGUUGAACCCUUGUUGCGCAGUUGUAAACUUACAUUUCUUGUUAUCACAAGCCGAGUCUCCUCUAGGCCCUCUGUUUUGUGGUGUUACAAGAAAGACCUCGGGUUCACUUCUCACCGUAAGAUACGCGAGAAGAGUAUUAGACAACAAGAAAAGCGAGGGCUCCGUGAGCAGAAUGAGAAGUCACCUUUCGAACUCUUCGUGACCGUAACAGAUAUUCGCUACACAUACUACAAAGAGUCCCAUAAAAUCCUCGGUAACACGUUUGGGAUGUGUGUAUUGCAGGACUUUGAAGCGGUUACACCCAAUCUGCUCGCGCGGACGAUUGAGACCGUGGAAGGAGGCGGUCUUGUUAUUCUCCUGCUGAAGACCAUGACAUCUUUGAAGCAAUUGUAUACCAUGACUAUGGACGUACACGCUCGUUAUCGUACUGCUGCACACGAUUCCGUUGUCGCGCGGUUCAAUGAACGCUUCAUCCUCUCCCUCGGCGCAUGUGAAGAUUGUCUUGUUCUGGAUGAUGAGUUGAACGUUCUUCCUAUUUCCAGAGGGAAAGAUAUCCGCCCUGUAGAGGACCGUGAUACAGAAGACUUGACAUCGAAGCCGGAAAAGGAAUUAAAGGAACUAAAAAGCAGUCUUAGCGAAACCAAACCUGUUGGCGACCUAAUUCAGUUGGCAAGGACCUUAGAUCAGGCCAAAGCCUUGUUGACGUUCAUUGAUGCUAUCGCAGAGAAGACUUUGUCGUCAACGGUGACCCUUACUGCCUCCCGUGGACGUGGUAAAUCAGCUGCAUUAGGCCUCGCCAUUGCUGCAGCCCUCGCACAUGGAUACGCAAACAUCUUCGUCACCAGUCCCAGUCCUGAAAACUUGAAAACUCUGUUCGAGUUUAUCUUCAAGGGCAUGGAUGCGCUGGGCUACGAAGAACACCUGGAUUACGAUAUUGCUCAGAGCACCAAUCCUGAUUUCAAUAAAGCCAUCGUGAGGGUGAAUCUAUUCAGAAAUCACCGGCAGACAAUUCAGUACAUCCAACCCGAAGAUGCCCACGUCCUCGGGCAAGCUGAACUCGUCAUCAUCGAUGAGGCUGCGGCCAUUCCGCUCCCUCUAGUGAAGAAUCUCAUUGGGCCUUAUCUCGUUUUCAUGUCUUCGACCAUUAAUGGCUACGAAGGCACCGGCCGUUCAUUGUCGCUCAAGCUCAUCCAACAGCUCCGUGAAAGUACCCGACCUAGUCUGACGAAAGACUCGGCGGAUUUGAAUGAGAACGUUGCGUCAACCUCCAGUAAAAGGGCAGCUUCAUCAAGUACAACGAUGCUGAAGGCCCGCACACUUCGUGAGAUUCAGCUAGAAGAACCAAUUCGUUACAGCUCAGGUGACAAAGUGGAGAAGUGGCUUCAUGCCGUUCUUUGCCUUGAUGCCACGGUUGUAUCAAAGAUGUCAUUUGGCACUCCCCAUCCCUCAGCAUGCGAACUGUACUACGUGAACCGUGACACAUUAUUCAGUUAUCACCCUGCAAGUGAGGUGUUCUUGCAGAGACUGAUGGCUCUCUACGUCGCAUCACACUACAAAAACUCGCCUAACGACUUGCAACUGAUGAGCGACGCUCCCGCCCACCACUUAUUUGUGCUUUUGCCUCCUCUCAAGGAUGAUGAGAGUGUAUUGCCUGAUCCGCUUGUGGUACUCCAAGUUGCUCUUGAGGGCAAUAUCUCGAAGGACAUUAUCAUGGAGAGCCUGAGCAAGGGAGAGCGGUCGAGUGGCGAUCUACUACCGUGGAUAAUGUCUCAGCAAUAUCAAGAUAGUAACUUCGCUAAGCUGUCCGGUGCCAGAAUAGUCCGAAUAGCAACUCAUCCAGACUACACGAGCAUGGGAUAUGGCGCGCAAGCUGUAAAAGUGCUUGGUUCUUACUAUUCGGGGGAGAUUAUGAACGUAGAAGAAUCAGUGCAGGAUGAAAAUUACCAGACCUUUGAGCAGGCGGCAGAAGUGAAACAGAAUGCGUCACUUCUCGAAGAUGAACUUACCCAUCGAUCCGCAUCUUCCCUUCCUCCCCUUCUUCACCGUCUUUCACACCGAAAACCAGAAAUACUUGACUACCUUGGUGUGUCGUACGGGCUCACCAGACCCCUGCUCAAAUUUUGGAAAAGGGUUGGCUUUGCGCCUUACUAUCUCCGCCAAACCGAGAACGACAUUACUGGAGAAUACGCAGCUGUUAUGCUCAAGGCUCUCAGUGGAGAUUUGGGGCUGGAAGCCUUUGCACAGGACUUUCGACGGAGAUUCCUGUCGCUGCUAUCAUUUAGGUUCAGAGAAUUCGAGCCAGUCACAGCAUUGAGCAUCAUCGAGGCGGUGAACAAUGUAGACGGGCACAGGAUGAUGGAUCCCGUGGUCAAUCUUAAAGUCUCCGAGCUCAACAUGCUUCUGACACCAUUCGAUCUUAAGCGGCUGGAAUCUUACUCCAAUAACAUGCUUGACUAUCACGUCAUCCUGGACCUUUUGCCGACAAUUGCCACUCUAUACUUUGACAAGCGGUUGGGAGAUCUCAAGCUGCACGCAGUACAAAGUGGGAUUCUGCUGGCGUUGGGUCUGCAACGGAAAUCCAUCGAGGAUGUUGAGGCUCUGGCCCUGUUUGUGAAGCUCAUUCGACGAGUCCUGAAGCACUUGAUUGAGUUACAACGGUCCACUGUCGAAGAUACGGUGCCCGCCCAGGCUGACAGCAGGCCUGUUUUGGAAGAUGCUGCGUCUCAAGUUCGGGAUGAAUUGAAGGAAGCGGGCAAAGAGUUCAUGAAGGAGAUGAAAGAGAAAGCUGAAAAAACUAGGAUCAUGCUUGGCGACUUAGAUCUCUCGAAGUAUGCAAUCGAUGAUACAAACCGAGAUUGGACUCGAGCAGAGGCUCAGGUAAACGCGCUUGCCCACAAUACCCAAAAUGAAGGUACGAGCACCGUCAUCAGCGUCAUGGGCAAUGCCCCAACACCGCUCAAGAGAAAGACAGAGGAGGAUGAGUCAGGAGGGAACAAGAAGUUUAACAGGGGAUCCAUGAGGACCAAUGGUAGGUCCCCAAAGAAAAGCUUCAAGAAAAGGAAGCGCUAG